AUGUACCUUGGUGAGCGUCGUAAGAGAAUCGAUGGUGACGAGUACUAUGCUGUAGUUGAUGAGUUUGUUGAUGCCGUCCGUUCUCGUUGGCCCGGUGUCCUCAUCCAGUUCGAGGACUUCACUAACGAUCAUGCCUUCCCCCUCUUGAAACGGUACCAGGAGAACAUCCUGUGCUUCAACGAUGAUAUUCAGGGAACUGGCUCGGUUGCUCUGGCUGGCCUUGUCAGUGCAAUGAGGGUCAAGAGAGAGAAGCUCGAGAAUCAGAGGAUCGUCUUCCUCGGUGCUGGUGCUGCUGCUGUGGGAAUUGCUGAUUGUAUUGUUGCUGCUAUGGUUCACGAUGGUCUCACCCCUGAGGAUGCCAGAAAGCGUUUCUGGUUCGUUGAUUCCAAGGGCUUGGUCACAUGGAAGCGUGGUGGCAGCAUGCAAGAUCAUAAGGUUCCCUACUGUCAUGAUGACGAGGAACCAAUGGAAAGCCUUCUUGAAGUUGUCAAAGCCAUCAAGCCUACUGUAUUGCUCGGUCUCAGUGGGCAACCGGGCUCGUUCACUGAAGACAUUAUCAAGGCUAUGUAUGCGAACUGUCCCCAGCCUGUCAUCUUCGCUCUGUCAAACCCCACUCCCAAAGCUGAGGCCACACCCGAGCAGCUCUAUACGUGGACUGAGGGGAAUGCUUGGGUUUGCACUGGGUCUCCCUUUGGACCGGUCACGCACAAUGGUAAAGUGUAUCAGGCUGGCCAAGGGAACAACAUGUACAUCUUCCCCGGUGUCGGUCUAGCCGGUAUUGUUGGCAAGUUUAAGUGGAUUCCCGACUCUAUGUUCUACACUGCUGCUAAGACUCUUGCUGAGAGAGUCAAGGAAGAGGAUAUUGCUCGUGGCACUUUGUACCCCUGUCUCACUCGUAUUCGCGAACUCUCGCACGACAUUGCGGUGGCGUGUAUCAAGGAAGCCUUUGAUCUCGGCAUUGCUUGCAUUGAGCGUCCGGCCGAUCUUGACAAGUUGGUGUGGGACCAUAUGUGGAAGCCCGAAUACGCCCAUACCGAGCUCGACCCGACGGUAUUCGCCUUCUCUGGUCAAGGCUCAG